UGUUUAUGAUGACGUCUCGUCGCAUUCGAAGUGACGUCAGACUAUUAUGGCGGCCUCGGUGGCUUCACGUGAGCUUUUCACAGACGCGGUUCGGGCGGUUCUUCACAGCUGGCCGGUACUACAGAUUGCGGUGGAGAACGGGUUCGGGGGCGCGUUCGGCCCACAGAAGGCGGACUGGAUGGUGGACGUGGUGCAGCAGUAUUUCCAUGACAACGCUGACCUGCAGCAGUAUGAGGUGGAGGACUACCUGGCUGUGCUCCUUGAUCAAGAGUUUGAUACUGUCGUGGAUGACGGGAGCUUGCCUCAGGUAUCACUCAGCCUGCUGCAGAUGUACGCUCACUGGCAGCAGGGGGCGCUGGAGUUACUGAAAAACUCCAUCCAGUCUCUGAGCCUGAAGAAGACACAGCGGGCUAAGGUACAGGCUCCUCCCACAUCGUCAGACGAGGACAGUGGCACUGAAACACAGGAAAUGGAGUUUGGGGAGUCCCAGCAAUCCGACAGAUAUCCUCCUCCUCCUCCUCCUCCUCAAGAGGAAGAUGGUUGGACCGUGGUCAGGAGGAAGAAAUGAUGAGGAUAAACAGCAGCCAGCCCACUGACUGUGCCCUCGAGGAUUUGCUCUGUCAGAUGAGCCCUUCAGAGACUGCCGUUCAGAAAGAACAACCCUUCAGGAAGCAACCAAUCGGAAGAGCUCUUCAGAAAACGUCCUGCAGGAGGCGCCUUUGAGAAAGCAGUUGAUGGUUGGAUUUCUUUCACUCCAGACUUUUCCUGGUGGAUAAUUUGUUCCAUCUAAUCACAGGACAAACCUUCAAAAGAAGUCACAUUUAAAAAAAAAAAUGUUUUUUAACACAGGUCCAUUACAGGCUACAGUACAACACGAGAGCAGAGCAUGGGGGCUUCAAUUCGAAUAAAGCCGCAGGAGCAGAAAGCCUUAAAUGAAAAAAUAUUUAUUUUGAAACGGGUGUUUCAAUAAAUCAAAUUACACAAUUAAAAAUGAGCAAAAGUGUUUUGUUUUUAAUAUAUUUAAACUAAAUCUGAUCACAAAAUGUACAUAGUUUCAAUAAAGCUUGUUUCCAAGAUGUAAAAUCCUUCAAGAUCAUAAGACAAAGAAAAACCUUCAAAGAUUAAAAAAAUGGCUAAACAGAUUUUUCUGGACUCCUCGAGCCUACAUAUUGAACUUAAGAAUAUUUAGGUUUGGAAAUAAUUGCAGAAAUGUGAUUACGUGAGGAGAAAUGAGGGCUUUGACACGCAGAAAAACAAAUUCCAAGUCCAAUAAAUCCAGAAACAAAGACUCAGAAACGGAAAACUGAACAUAAAAAUCACUGAUCCAGUUUUUUACGGUGAAGACCUUUGUUAAACAUUCCAGCUGUUCUGGAAAAGGAAUCAACAUUUCUGCAAACCAAAAGAAACUUUAAGACAUUUAUUCCCCCUUAGAGGUCACAGGGUUGCUGGAGCCUGUCCCAGGUUUGGAUUGAGGGUGGGGUACUCCCUGAAGAGGUUGUCAGUCUUAUGCAGGUUGGAGGAAGACUGUUUUAUGCUUUCCUGAGGGACGUGAACGCAGCAUGGUGCUAGUGCUGCCAGACCUUGAGGGGCGGUGUUCUGUUUAAUCUAAUCUGUUCACACAGAUUUUCACAUUCUUUUGGUAAAAACAGUUUUAUUCAAUCCUUUUGAAGUAUUGCUUUUGCAUUUGUUAAUGUUUUUAUUUUUACCAAGCAGUUACAAUAAUCAUAAACUCCUCCCUCUUCUUCCAAAUCUUCAGAUUAGAGAAAGGCUUGAGUGGUGGUCACGGCCGUCCAUCACGGAGACUGUUUGAUCUGGAGGUCAGGGGAUGAAGUCUGUAACUAAUAAGGCUGUACUCUGCCAUUACUUUUUCUACUUAAACGUCUUUUUUAAAUAAAUGACCAUUACAAAUUGCA